GACGGAAGCGCGCCUCACGUUCUCGACGCUGCGGCUUGGGAGGGACUGACUGGGCCUGCUGGCUGGCUCCCUGGGAGGCGGCGCGAUGAGCGGAUCCGGCGAGCCAGCUGCGGAAGCCCCGGCAGCCACCGGAGCGGGAGUUCGGAUCGUGGUGGAAUACUGCAAACCUUGUGGCUUUGAGUCUGCCUACCUAGAGCUGGAAAGUGCAGUAAAAGAAGAAUUUCCUGAUGUGGAGAUCGAAUCCCGGCUUGGAGGGACAGGUGCUUUUGAAAUAGAAAUAAAUGGGCAGUUGAUCUUCUCCAAACUUGAAAAUGGAGGAUUCCCUUAUGAGAAAGAUCUCAUUGAAGCCAUCCGCAGGGCUGGCAACGGGGAGCCCCUCGAGAAGAUCACCAAGAGCCGACCACCUUGUGUCAUACUUUAAGUCUCUCUUUUCUCUGGUCCAAACCUGCCCGCCCACCCUUAAUUCUCGCUCUCCCUGCUUCCACCUCCUACUCUAGUUUAAUUACCUUGGUAGGUGGGGAGAGGAUGAAACACAGCAAGGUGAUUUGGGUUGCCAACACACAAGAAGCCUUAUAAGCAAGAAUCUGAGCCACUUUAAGGAGGUGAGGAGAACAAGGUGCUUGCUAAAUUAAUUUGGGUGAAUCAGCCUUCCUGCUUGGGGAGCCUCUCCCGUUUUUGAAAAAGACCAGAAUGGAUUUUGUCUUAAUGUGACUGCUGAGUUUCUGUCCUUAUAUGUAACUGACAAGGAUGAAGCCCUCCCCCAUCUCCUUUCUUCUGAUCUUUAGUGGUUCAUCCUGGAACAUAAGCUAUCUUCCUCCUGCCAGGUCCCCAUAACCCGCUUUAACUGUGAGCCAGGAUGAGCUAGUAUCUUGUCCUGCCCUCAUUGAAAUCCUAUCUUAACCAGUCUGGAUAGAGUUCAUACUGUGCAGCAAGCUCUGAAGGACCUCAAGACACCUUCAAACUAUAGUCUUAGGGACUAGUGUAGAAAGCUGUUCCCUUUUCGCACAAUAUGUAGGAGAAUUUCCACAGCACUUCUGCAGCUGUCCCCUUCUCUGUCUCACACUGCUGCCCAAAUGUGGGCUUGAAAGUGGAGGCUUGGCUUAGCUUGAAGCUGUUCAUCUUUUGGUGUUAAGGUCCACGCGGUUGGCCAGUAGAAUGGUGAUGUAGAGCUUGUUCAAGUCCCACCCAUGAUCCAUAGCAACCUGUACAACAGAGAUUUGGGCCUUCUCUUUUAUUAUAGCAGCUAUAAGGGCAGGGCUGUCACCUGCAGUGGAACAGAUCUCCUCAAGCCAGACCAGAUCUUUGGACAAAGGAGAAAAGAGAGCCCAUGUCUUUUACGAGAUCUGCCAUCACUUGAGUCUACCUACCUGCCGGUUGCUUUGGCUUUUUUCUUUUUGAAGGCUAGCAUGAAACUCAGCAUAGUUCAGAACAGGCUAGUGAUACAGUGAGAACUUACUUCUUCAAAGCUGUUUAGUCAAUGGUUAUAAUUCUCUCUGCAGAACUGCAAGAACUUAAAAAAAAAAAAAACCCCAACUAAACCAUCUAUUCUCAAGCAUUACCCAGCUAUACAAGGAAGCAUUUUCAAGAUCUGUUGAGUUCAAGAUUGAAAUACUUGCUUAAUUCUCCUGCUGCAAACCUGUGGGACUUGAGAUGUUUAAUUCAGGUUAGAUUGCUCAUAUGAACACACAUGCUUAAAAAAAAAACCCUGAUCCCUUGCAAUUAGCAUACUUAGACCUGCACAAUCUCCUCUCCUAGUUAGUAAUACAGAAUGUAUAUGAUGGCCUGAUUAUGCUGUUAAGUUUCCCUGCCAGUGCGAUAUAGCAGCCAAUGAAACACAACAGGGGUGGGAAAGCUCUGGCAUAAUAGGCCACACUGCUGAAGGAGCUGCUGUGUAGUUAUUGUCAUGAAUAUCUAUCUCACGUAGCUCAAAUCUGAAAUUCCUCUUUCAUGCCUCCACCCUGUUCCUAGGCUCUUGGGUUUUAUCACCCUGUUUUCACCUCUCUAAUCUGUCAAUUUGUGACUUUGGCACAUCUGUCACAGUUGAAGUGCAAAGUGACACAUAAAUGCUGCUGCUAACUCUUUAAGAAGGGGGAGAUCUGAGAACGCCAGUGAUGCCUCCCACCACCUCCUGUUGUCUACUUUACGUGCUGCAAACGUUGAUGAAUUUAUGUUUGGUCCAAUUUAUAUAAAGGAAAGAAGUUAAAUGCU